AAUCUGUUAAGAAAUUGCAAUUUUGCGAUUACAAUAUUUUUCAUUAUUAUAUCGUCGAAUUACGAUUUGCAGAUUAAUCUUUGUGUUUUUCAGACCAGGCUGACUCGAAGGUAUCGGAUAAAAGCAAGCGUACCUACAUUGAUCUUGCUGGAGGGGUCGAAUGGUUCUAUAGUGACAAGAGGAGGCGUUGAACGAACAGUUGCUGAUCCCACCGGCUUAGAAUUCCCUUGGAGACCACCGCAUCCAAAAGCUGCCCUUGAAGAUGGACCUCUCCUGCCAUGUGGUGCCCGCGAUAGCAAUGAACCUAUGUUGCAUGAGGAACUUCGUUAUUGUUACAAGGGAGUUUACUUCAGCGCACAUUGGUGUCCACCUUGUAAAGCAUUUACUCCGCAACUCGUGGACACGUAUCAACGAAUUCGAGAGAGAGGUGGCAAUUUCGAAGUAAUUUUCGUAAGCUCGGACAGGAGUGAGGACUCCUAUAAUGCGUACACGGAAACAAUGCCUUGGCUAAGGAUACCUUUUAAUCAAGAAGAAAGACGUCGAAAAUUGGCAAGGGCUUUCGAUGUUCAAGCAAUACCGACUCUAGUUAUUCUAGAUUCUCGCGACAACAUAAUCACUCUAGACGGACGCGCCGAAUUGAUCGAAGAUCCGGAAGGACUGAAUUUUCCUUGGACAAGUAGACUGGUGAAUAUUUUAACAGAAAAGUAUGCUACAUCGUUACACGAUGCUCCAGCGAUUAUAUUAUUUGUCGAAGGAGAAGACUGUGAGAUCCAAUUCGGGGAAAGUGUUCUACUACCAGCUGCACAAACGUAUAGAAGAGAUCAGCCUGAUUAUGAUCCAAAUUAUGACGAACCUGAGGAUGAUACAUUACAGUUCUAUAUAGCUUUAGAUUGUGAAACGUCCGAAAUUCUUCGUGAAUUCAUUGGCUUGGAUGAUGCAGUACCUCUUUUGACCGCUAUAGAUAUUCCGCGAGGAAUAUACGUGGUGAUGGAGGACGGUGCUGAGAUUACAGUGGAUUCAGUACAACAGUUUGUCGAUAGCUUUCUCAACAACAAAUUACCGAUAAAUAAAAUAACGGCAGUCCAUAAAACAUCAAAGACAAAUGAACAUAUGCCAGCUUAAAGGCACGUGUAAAAUUAGUUCAGCGCAAAAUUUGUACUUGUCAAAUGUUAGGAGUUGUUCAAAUGUUAGAAAAAAUCCUUCUAUCUUUCUGUUUUUGUCUUUUUUACUCCUAUCUCUGUGAUACCGUCAUUCUUUACGUAGAGUAAAAAAGAUUCGCGUAAAAAAUGUACUUGUUUUUGCAUAAUUGUUUGCAAAAAUAACCAAAAAUGUAUCAUACGAUAGUCGUAAAUAAAUCGAUCAAAUUGUA